GAUUGUCGUCAACGUUUGUUUUCGUUUAAUAGCAAAAUAUCAUCGCGAAAAUCCGGCGAUUUGUGUUUAUAAAAAAAAGAAUUAGGUUUGUUCUCACAACUUAAUCUAGUGCAUGUAGCAAAAAAAAACUCAGAAUGACGGACAAGAUUAGUUUCGGAUUCAGCAAGAUUGCAAAGAAAGUAAAUCUUCGUGCCGGCCCGGCCGCAUCCCAUGUCAGUGCAAGUAGUUCCGGCGAAAAAGAAAAGAUAGAAUUGAUUUCCUGUCUAGAAGGACAAACGAUUAAAAUUAUCGGGAAAGAAAAUAGUGAUGAAGCUGCCCUGUUAGUUAUUCCAUUGCGAGAUCAGGACAAAACAACAAUUCCGGCUCGUUUAGCUAAGCUGCAACAGAUCAGAGAAGGUCGAGAGUUGGAUGGAAACGAUCCACCAAUCACAGAUGAAACGCUUGAGCAAAGAGCAGCCCGUGAGCUGCUCGCUGCAGCGCGAGACCAUAAAAGCCGUGCUGUGGAAAAGAACGACAUUGUAAUUCCAAUGAAACCUGAGGAUUUACCUCUCGAGGGCGGUCAAAUGUCAACGUUAGCGGAUUACGAGGCGAUGCCACCGGAAAAGUUUGGAUUGGCUUUGCUUCGUGGAAUGGGUUUCAAGGAUGAUCCAAGUGCACCGAAAAAAGAAGACAAACUACCCGAUGUUCGACCGAAGGGUAUGGGUUUGGGGGCCGAACGUGUACCGAAGGAUAAGAAUCGACAGCUGAUACCGCCGGCAAAGGAUGAAGUGCUAGUGAUGGGUAAAGGUGCGUUCGUGAGAGUCCUAGCUGGGAAGUACAAGGAUGCAUACGGAACGGUCGAAAGCCUUAAUGAAGAUACUGCCCGUGUGCUGGUCCGUUUCUCGCUUGGUGGCAAGCAAGAGUUCUUGAACGAAUACUUACUCCAGCUAGUUUCAAAAGCCGAGUACAGUAAAUACUCCAAAGUGUUAAACAAUGCUAAAUAUGAAGAGUUUAAAAACCGCUCCGGAGUUACUACGGCAUCUGUGAAACAAGAAGCGUGUGAUAAUCGUAAAAUCAAACGUGAACCAUCGGAGUCGCCUCCCCGCAAGCCUCAAGCUUCUGGAUCCACUCGGAUGCAUACGGUAGAACACAAACAGGAGCAAUACAGAACUCAAUCCCGUCCUAGUUCCCGUUCUUCUUCUCGGGAACCCCGUAAUCGAACCGAGCGACAUAACGCUCAUCGCACGGAUCGUGAUUCGCAAAGUAGCAACAAUCGGUACGAUCGAAAGGAUCGACAUACCAGACGCAAUUCAUGUGACGAUGACGAAUCGUCUGAUGAUUCAAUCGGUAAUCGGGAUCGCGAUCGGAAUCGACAUCAUCGUCACCAUCAGAAAGCGUCAUCCUACGGCAGAACCUCUUCCGGAACGAAAAAGAAAUCACACAAAUAUAAGCAACGUAGAGAUCACUCUCGAGAGCGACGAGUAGCUCAUUCCUCGGAUGAGGAUGAUCGACACCACAAAAAGAAAACGAAAAAGAGUAAGAAACAACGAAGUCGAUCUCGGAGCCGCCGGUAAUUCUAAAGGAUGUAAGUUAAUAGCGACCUGCGAAUGAUUGUGGAGGUAAUAAAAAUACGCAAAUGAUGAUCACCAUCACGGAA